AUGUUGGCCACUGUUCUCCUGGUCCUUCUUUGUGCCUCCACCUCUGCCAACGCCAUUCAGGCGAGGGCCUCCUCCUACAAUGGAGAAUAUGGAGGUGGUGGAGGAAAGCGAUUCUCCCAUUCCGGCCUCCAGCUGGAAGGCCCCAUCACCGCCAUCCGUGUCAGAGUCAACAGAUACUACAUUGUAGGUCUACAGGUGCGGUAUGGAAAAGUAUGGAGCGACUACGUGGGUGGCAAAUCCGGAGAUCUGGAAGAGAUCUUUCUGCACCCUGGGGAGUCGGUGAUCCAGGUGUCUGGCAAAUACAAGUCUUACCUGAGGAAGCUGGUCUUUGUGACAGACAAGGGCCGUUACCUGCCUUUUGGGAAGGACACAGGCACGAGUUUCAAUGCACUCCCCUUGUACCCCAACACUGUACUCCGAUUCAUCAGUGGCCGAUCUGGUUCUGUCAUCGAUGCCAUUGGCCUGCACUGGGACAACUACCCUAGUGACUGCAGCAGCUGCUGAGCCCAUUUCUUCCAAGGCAGGGCCAUGAAAACUC